GCCCUUUGGACCCGCGGCUGCUGGUCGGUCCUUGUCAGAGCAAUGAUAAAUAAAGUGGUGUGAUUUGACUCAAGAUACAUGUACACACUCAACUAAACACGGUUUUAACCGGAGUGUUCAGCCAUGUCACGAAGGUCUUGGAUUGAGGAAAACCUCUUCAAGAGAGAGUGUGUGAAGUUUAUCCCCUCAUCUCGGGACCUACAUAGAUGUAUUCCUGUGUGUCAAGUAUGCCAAAACUUGAUCAGAUGCUGCUGUGGCCGCCUGAUGAUGGAGCACUCUUGGCAAGAGUCCCCUUCCCCCAUGUCCCUCUAUCCUGGUCCUGGACAGGACCUGGAAGAGGACUGGUCCAUAGAGCUCCACACCAAAGCCAGUCCCACCAAUGCCUAUGGGAUUGUAGACUUUGAAGACACUGCCACACGUGUCUGCCGGGCCAAGUAUGUCCGUUUGGCUGUGGACUCAAAGCCAGACGUGCUGCUUCAACUGAUGCUAAGGGAGUGGCAGAUGGAGAAACCGAAGCUGCUACUGACCGUCCAGGGGGGCUCAGAAAACUUUACCCUGCCCGUUAAAGUCAAGCAGGCCUUCAGCAAAGGGCUAAUAACUGCCGCCCUAAGCACAGAGGCAUGGAUACUCACUGAUGGCAUUAAUACAGGUGUGUCUAAGUACGUGGGCGAGGCAGUGAAAACAUUCGGGGGACAUAAUCUGAGGAAGAGAAACACAGUUGGCAUCACGCCAUGGGGAGUCAUUGACAACAACACGGACCUUGUAGGCAGAGAUGUGUUCAGGCCCUACCAGCCACUGGGGAACCCUUUGAGCAAGAGGGCCUGUCUGAAUGGUUUCCACUCCCAUUUUCUGUUGGUGGAUGAUGGAACACUGGGAAAACAUGGCUGCCAGCAAGGCCUCAGGAGGAAGCUGGAGAAACACAUCCAGCUACAGAAGAUACACCCUCGACUUAACCAAGGAGUGCCGGUGGUGUGUGUGGUGUUGGAGGGAGGCCCUGCCAUUGUGUCCACUGUGUUGGACUAUGUUAGCAGUGUGCCUCCUGUGCCCGUUUUUGUGUUCGAAGGAUCAGGCAGGGCUGCUGACCUGCUCGCCUUCUUACACAAGCAGACCGCUAUUGACAGGCAGUUGGAUGCUGACAUCAAAGAGGACUUCCUUGUCAGGAUCGGAGAGGUGUUUGGAGUAGAGAUAGCAGAAGCCUCGCAGCUCUACAGUCUCCUCCUGCAGUGCAUGGAUCACAGACAGUCUAUAACCAUCUUUGACUCAGAGGCAGAGGACCAAACGGCACCUGAUGCAGCCAUUUUGACAACCAGUCUCAAGGGCACCAAGGCCAGUCCUGCAGAGCAGCUGAGUGUGGCCCUAGCCUGGGACAGGCCUGACAUUGCACAGAAAGUCAUGGUGUACGGACAGCAUUGGCAGGUGGGUUCCUUGGAGCAGGCCAUGCUGGAUGCUCUGGUGAUGGACCGGGUCGGUUUUGUCAAACUGCUGAUUGACAACGGCAUGACGAUGAGCCGCUUCCUGACUGUGGAUCGCCUCGAGGAGCUCUAUAACACGCCUCAGGGGCAGACGGACCGUUUCCUACGCCACCUCGUUGAAGAUGCGAAACAGACUUCUCUUCCCAUAGGUCACCGUCUCUCUCUCAUUGACGUGGGCCUGGUGAUAGAGUACCUCAUAGGGGGAGCGUACCGCAGCACCUACACACGGAAACACUUCAGAGCCGCCUACAACAACCGCCUGCAGGACAAAGAGGGUAGACGGGACAGAUCCACCUCCAUGUCUAAACAGAGACGAGGAUUGAUACCAAACUCUUCGAGGGCCAGGAGUCUCCAGGACCUGCCUUUCUUUAGAACUGCUCAGCCCUACAAACCCAAGGAGCAAAAUGUUACUCCCUCAAGCAGUCGAGAGAUCACAUUGAGCCCUGGCCUGGGUGACACUCCUUUGCUGGUUCCCUUCAACUUCAACGACCUGUUCGUGUGGGCUGUGCUUCACCAGCGUCAGCAGAUGGCACUUUUUCUGUGGCAGCACGGUGAGGAAGCGCUGGCACGUGCUACAGUGGCCUGUAAGCUUUACCGUUCCAUGGCCUUUGAGGCACGACAAAGCAAUUGGGACGACGACAUUGCAGAGCGAUUCAAGACAUAUUCACUUGAGUUUGGUCAGUUGGCAGUGGACGUGUUAGACUGUGCAUUUCGUCAGAACGAGCAGAUGGCCAUGAAGCUCUUGACUUCAGAGAUGGAGGCAUGGAGCCACUUCACCUGUCUGCAGAUGGCUGUCUCCUCAUGUCACAGACCGUUUGUCUCACACUCCUGCACUCAGACCCUACUCACAGAUCUGUGGACUGGUCCGCUCAACAUGAGAAAAAACUCCUUUGUGAAGAUAAUUUUGAGCCUCCUUCUGCCCCCUGCGAUCUUGCUUCUGGAGUUUAAGAGCAAAGCUGAAAUGUGCCAUGUACCACAGUCCCACGAGGCAGCGCUGUUUGGACUUGAGUCUGUGAAGUCAGCACCAGUCCACGAGGGAACUGAUCACACCGGCAGUCAGGAUCCAGAGCAAGGCCCGUCGUUCAGUGACAAAUGUUUGGGUCCAGUGUCAGAAACUGUAUCCUCUAUCACUGUGCAGUGUCUGUCCUGGAUCACACGACUCUAUGAAUUCUACACAGCUCCUGUUGUCAAGUUCUGGUUUCACACAAUGUCCUACUUGGCCUUUGUGAUGUUAUUCUCCUAUGUUGUCCUGGUGAAGAUGGGGGAUUAUCCCAGUGUUCAGGAGUGGCUGGUCAUAGCCUACAUCUUGUCCACCGCAGUGGAGAAAACCAGAGAGGUACUGAUGUCUGAGCCAAGGAAGCUGAGCCAGAAGCUUAAGAUUUGGUUCUCAGAGUACUGGAACAUAUCAGAUUUCAUUGCCAUCCUACUCUUCAUGGCUGGUCUGGUACUGCGUUGGCAAGCUGAACCCUACCGGACGGCAGGACGCAUCAGUUACUGCCUGGACACCAUCUUCUGGUUCGUUAGGGUGAUGGAUCUGCUGGCUGUCAAUCAGUAUGCUGGCCCUUACCUCACCAUGAUCACUAAGAUGACCAGUAACAUGUUCUUCAUCGUGGUAAUGAUGGCAGUAGUGCUGCUGAGCUUCGGGGUGUCCAGGAAGGCCAUCCUGUCGCCAGAUGAGGAGCCGUCCUGGAGCCUAGCUCGAGACAUAGUCUUUCAGCCAUACUGGAUGAUCUACGGAGAGGUCUAUGCAACGGAGAUAGAUCCAUGUGAGGACAGCCAUCCAUGUCCUCCUGCUUCCUUUCUCACGGCAUUCCUCCAGGCUGUCUAUAUGUUCUUCCAGUAUAUCAUCAUGGUCAACAUACUCAUUGCAUUUUUUAACAACAUCUACUUUGACAUGGCAUCGACAUCCAACAAGCUGUGGAAGUACAACCGUUAUCGCUACAUAAUGACCUAUCAGGAGAGGCCGUGGCUGCCUCCACCCCUUAUCCUCCUCAGUCACAUGGCCUUAGGUUUGAAAGCCAUCUACAGGAGAUUAAGUGGAGAUGCUGAGCGGGAGGAGAGAUGCUCUGGGCUUAAGCUCUACCUGGGCCACGAAGAUCUGAAGAAGCUCCAUGAGUUUGAGGGGAAAUGUGUAGAGGGCUACUUUCAUGAGAAGAGUGAAGAUGUCCACAGCAGGCAAAUUAACAGGAUCAGAGCCACAGCUGACAGAGCUGAGGAGAUGUGCGUGAUGAUGGGUGAGGUCUCAGAUAAAGUUAACUUCAUUCAAGACAGCCUGUCUGAGCUGGACUGUCAGCUGGGUCAGCUCCAGGACCUUUCGGCACAGGCAGUGGACACCCUCACUCUGCUCUCUGCUACUGACAGCCUACACCAGAAGGAGGCACGCCUGGCUCAAUGUCGACCCAUAACAGCGUCCCGGCACAUCCUCCCUCACAGCUGGACCCUCAUGCACAGAGGUGGAGCAGACUGGGAUGUACUUAAUAUGAGACGAGCCAUUGCCAAGCCGUGUAGAAGUACCCCGCCUUCUUUACUGAAGGGCCACGCUCUGGUGGCGAGUAGACUGACAUCACAGGAGUGCCAUGUUGGAGCCAGGGGGAGCAGAGGAGGAAGACAAGGACACACUGAGAAGGGAGAGGAAGGAGUGAAGGAGGAUUCACAGUUUGGUACUCCUGACCAUCCCAGUGAGAAUUGCCAGGGAGUCUCUAGACCUGCUUCUCAUGCUUCCUUCUCUCCGUCAUACGGAGCCGGAGUUCAUCUCAGUGGUUUCAGGGAUCAGACAACCUGUGAGUCCUGUGGACCGUCCCGCUGCGCGUCUCCUCUUUCUCCCAGAGGCCUGGAGUCACCGCAUCAUAAACUCUGGACAUGUGACCCAUACCUGUAUCCCAAUCAGGAGGAAACUUCCAUGGAAGAGGAGGAAGAGGAAGAAGAAGAUGAAGAAGAGGAGAAAAGGACACAUGAGGAGCUCUCUAAUAUAGAAGUGUCCAGAGCUUCUAGCACCGCUGUCCUGCUGUCUGACCCUCGAGACAUCUCUGAGGGUUUGGUAAAUCCUGCCUUUUCUCAGGAUGAUAGCCGACUAAGUUCUCGGCCCAAACCUUCCAGCCAAUGGGGAAGACCAGUGAAAUCCCCCAGGUGGGCUCGUCUGUCCAGAGACCGCCCCUACGGCUGCUGCAGGUCUCUGUCAUCCAGUGUGGAGAAUAUGGCUUUCUCAGGGGCACCUCUCAGUCCAAUGAGGGGAUCAUUUCCAUCUCUUAACGAACCAAUAAACAAAGAGAGUUUGUCAGAUGGGAGGAGUUUCAGGGAGGCUACAUCACUGCAAUGCAGCAGGAGCAGAGAGUGGUCCAAGUCCUCUGACUUCACUCAAGUACCAGACAGCAGAGGCAAAACCCAGAACAGGAAGACAGUGAAGAUACAAGAGAGCAGUCCAGAUACUGUAACCAUGCAGUCCCAUAUGUCUGAUGCCAGCUGGAGAAGGUGCCGGAGAUUGAGAGGAGAACCUACAUGUUUGUCGGCUUCAACCAGCCUCAGUCAGCUCAAUUUUGAACCAAUGGAUUUGUUGCAGAAGCAGGUGUUUUCCCAUCAGGAUGUGUGGAGCUCCACUAAUUCAGCAUGGAACAGCUGGGCCAGAUCCAUGAGCCGCAGGUCUUCUUUACAGAGUGGGAUUGCCCCUGAAGCAAAGAGCUCCUCAUUCCAGUCCACUGACAAUUUGUAUCCUCACUAUUCAGCUAUGGAGAGAAACAAUCUGAUGAGACUGGCUCACACCAUUCCCUUCACUCCUGUUUCCCUUCUGGGAGGUGAAGAGGUGAGCAUCUACUCUCUGGAGGAAGUGCCCUCUGAUGCUGACCCUGAAUCCAGCACAGUCUCCUCCUGGUCAUCACGUGGCCUCUCUGCCAUGCUGCAGCCCCUCUCCAGUGAAGAGGGCUCGCUGGAUGGAGGUCUUCGGCAGGGCUGCAGGGUGCUGUGCACCUGGGCAGAACGGGACGUGCUCAGACCUGGUCUGGUAUACGUAGUGAAAGCCUUCAAGCAGGAGGUGGUUCGGGCCUGGCAGAGGUACUUCCCUGGUAGCACGGCACUACAGCUUUGUUUAAGAGAGAUCCAGCAGCAGCGAGCAGCUCAGAAGAUGAUGCAAGUCUUCAAUGAAGUCAAACCUGAUGAUAUGCACUACUCACCAAGGUUUCUAGAUGUAGCGCUGGUCCUCUGGCAUUCGAAUGGCCAGUGGCUGACUAUUGAGAGGAACAUGUCCGGUGACUUCAGGAAGUACAACAAUAACACAGGAGAAGAGAUCACCCCCUGCUGUUCACUGGAAGAAAUGCUGCUGGCGUUUUCUCACUGGACUUAUGAGUACUCCUGCAGAGAGCUUCUGGUACUCGAUAUUCAAGGAGUAGGAGAGGAGCUGACCGAUCCAACAGUCAUCAUGACAGACGAUCAAAGUGGUAGCAGGGGUGAGAUGCUUUUUGGUCCAGAUAACCUUGGUGAUGCUGCCAUCAGCGGUUUCCUGCAGAAACACUCUUGCGGUGCCUGCUGCCGCAGACUGGGCCUGGCAGAUUUCUCCAACAAAUCAAACCAAAUUAUUCAUGCCGGAUGCGUGGACUUCCUCCCAGGCCUAUUUGAGGAAGUGUUCGGACAGCUGCGAGAACAGCAGCGAAGCAGAAUCUACACCGGGGAAAGAAGAUCAAGAGGACGAUGAAACUGGGUUGUAACCUCUGACCCAGGAAGUAUAGAAAGGGAGACACAUGCACUUUUACCAGCACACAUUCUGAGACAUGUCUGCCUGAGUACACACUCAGACAUAUGUUUUUACAAAAUACUGUCUUGGUGCUCUGCCUGAUUCAUUUUUCAGAGGAAACUGUGACUGGACACUAGAGAUUUAAUUACUGUAAUUUGUACAAAGGAUGCCAAUAUGUUCUUUCAAUAUAAGUAAAUAGUGUCAGGAGGAAGGUAGGGAGGGUUGCAGAUUAUUCUUGUUAAAGAAGGGAUUAUAAUUAAGCUGUAUCUCAUGUAUCAUUAUCGGAAAUGCAGUAACAACAUACUGCUUUUUCAUGACUUAACAAAAGUCUAAAUCACUAUUUAUGUUGUUCUUUUCUAUGAAUAUUUUGACACAGAGACAUGACAAUUGUUAUUACAGUUACCAUUAAAAGUUAGGAAUUAAUUUAUAGAGAAUACAUUUAUUUAAUGUUUGGCUAAAAUAAAAAAAAUUCCAACAAAGUGCAUGUGUGAGACAGAAAAACGAGGCAGAAAUGCACCCAUAAAAUUUCUUUUAUUUUUUUUUUCUUCCCACAACAAAAUGUCUACAAAAGCGAUAAAAUAUAGAAUUUAACAAAAAUCACUUCAGACCUUCACAUUGUAUAUACAUCUCAAAGGAGGACUCAGUAAGGGCCCUGCAUAGCUCUGAACUUCAACCCAUGCUUAUCCAUCAAAUGUGGGUGUUUGCGGCUCUCCUUAAUGCAAAUGCACACAUACAUACACACACAGACACACACUUUCAUCCUCAUGUGAAAAUUAAAAAAAAAACUACAGUAGAGCUGAUGGAUUUGUAGUAGAGUCUCAGUUCAGAGUCCAGCAGAGUCCUCUCUCACCAAAUGAAAAAAAGCAUAAAAUGUAAAAACUGUUUGCCAGUGUAAUCAAAUACACAUUUUCCUUGGAGUUCCCCUUUUUUGAUUGGUUUCUCAAGUAAACUCACACAGUAAAGCAUCUACGCCCCACUCUGCCAAUCCUUCCGCUCCUCACUAGCUAUGGCACUUUGAAAACAAAAAAAAAGUCUCAUUUUAUUGUAUUUUUUUUGUUUUGUGUUGUUAGUCCUGUGUAAAAGGUUCUGUAGCCCAAGCACCUUUCAGGUUUCGGUUACAGAUGCUACAUUUUGUUUUAUUUGCUCUUGCUGGGACGCAAAGACAUUCUAAACAAUAAAUUAACAAUUUUCAACAC